AUGAAUAGAUCUCGCAGAAAAGAAUUAUUAUAGCUGGUAUAUAAGAAACGUAGUUUUCUAUCUCCUUCUAUUGGUAAAUCAAUACCCAACAAACCUUUUAGAAGAUAAAGUUGUAGAUGCUCUGAAUGUGGAGGUGUAGGACCUUUUCAAGAAAGAUAAAAUGCUUAACAUCCUCAAACAUAUAUAAGAGCUCAUCAUUGUAAGAAAAGAAAACGAAAAAUGUAAAGGAGAAAAGGGACUUAUCUUACUUCUACAAGUUUAAAUGUUGGAUAAUCAGAAAAUAAUACAAUAAUUAUUUAGAAUGCACCUAAGUUAAGAAAGGCUAAAACAAUUUCUAUAACAAAAGAAUUACAGCAAACAAUUAGAAAAGGCAAGAGACUUUUAACAAAAGACGAUCAGCAAAUAAAAUAUGAAUUUUUCUAUAACAAUGAACUUAAGUUAUCGAAAGGCUUUUUAGAAAGUUCAUUAAAUUCUUAAACUUAUGAAGCUGCCUUAAUAUCAUUUGUCAAUUUCACAAAAUCUCCUAGCUUUGUGCUUAAUAGUUAUAACAAUAUUAUUAAUGAAUCCAAAACAAGUUCAGAUGAAGAAUAAAAUUAAAAACAUUUACAAGAUAAAUAAUUAUAAAUCACAACUCCUAAAAUAAAAAUAAAAAAUAAUUCUAUGCAUAGUCGAAAACUUACUGAAGGAAUGAUGCAUUCUAAUGUAAAUAAGACAGUCUAGUAAUUUGUUUAAUCUUGUACUACAAUUAGAGUUAUGAAUUCUCCAAAGCCUUCAAAACAUAUCAAAUUACCAUCUAUUAAUUCUAAACGAGAAUAAAAUAAAUUCUCAGUUUAUUUAUUGAAUUCUCCUCGAAGAGCAGUAAUGGAAUUAAAAAGUCAAAUUACUUCUUAAAAAAAAAUCAAAGUCUUUAAAAAAUGA